CAAAUACACACAAUCUAGUAUAUAUGUUCUGAGAAUAUUUCCACUUUGGAAGAAUAUAUCUCAUCCUAGUAUCCUUUCAACCUUGUUUUCAGUUGUAUUUUUUUUCUUUAAAAAAGGAUUCUUGAACUUAUUCUACUGGUUCCAUCUUGUUCAUCCUCAUCAUCAUCUGUCCACAAAGGACACCAGAUCCAAGUAGUAGAAGAAAUCAAAGAAUAAACAGGAUCAAAUUCAGAUCUUUUUUUAUGGGUGUAGAUCAAAGUUCAAGAUUUCAUUUGCUAUGAUAUUGCAUAACGAAUAAAAAUAAGUUGGACUUUUGUAGCAGUAGAAAUGAAUAUCAGUAGCUCCGAUCUCAUUGAUACAAAGCUUGAAGAGCAUCACUUAUGUGGAUCCAAACACUGUCCCGGUUGUGGUCAUAAACUCGAAGGAAAACCGGAUUGGGUUGGUUUACCAGCAGGAGUCAAGUUUGAUCCAACUGAUCAAGAAUUGAUAGAACAUCUUGAAGCAAAAGUUGAAGAUCAACACUUUAAAUCUCAUCCGUUGAUAGAUGAGUUUAUCCCUACUAUUGAAGGUGAAGAUGGAAUUUGUUAUACACAUCCAGAAAAACUCCCCGGGGUUACAAGAAAUGGCUUAAGUAUACACUUCUUUCAUCGGCCUUCAAAAGCUUACACCACAGGUACAAGAAAAAGGCGAAAAAUCCAGACCGAGUGUGAUCUACAAGGCGGUGAAACACGGUGGCAUAAAACGGGCAAGACCCGACCAGUUAUGGUGAAUGGGAAGCAAAGAGGGUGCAAAAAAAUCUUGGUUCUAUAUACCAACUUUGGUAAAAAUCGAAAACCCGAAAAGACUAACUGGGUAAUGCAUCAGUAUCACCUUGGACAACAUGAGGAGGAGAGGGAAGGCGAGCUCGUUGUGUCAAAAAUAUUUUACCAAACUCAACCAAGGCAAUGUAAUUGGUCUGAAAGAGCAAUAAAUAACAACCUUUUAGCGAAUAAUGUUCAUGUUGAAGGCAUGAAUAAUAUGAACGAAAUGAGUAACGUUAGUAGAAGCGAAAGUGGGAGUCGCUCUUCUUCAAAAGAGAUCAACAUUGCCACCGUUACCACUAACACUGAUACCGUUCAUAGUAAUACUAGAGAUGAACUUUUGGGCACGGUUAUGUCAAGUUACAAUCAAAUGGAUCAAAUGCAACAUUUCAAACAUGUUGAUCAAUUUGGCUUUAUGCCUUAUAGUAGAAGCUUCAGUGAGGGAGUAACCGCACAAGGAGAGGCUUCUACCACGUGCGAUGAGAGUGAUCAGCGAACCCAACUCCAGCAACAGAUGAACCUUAACCAAGAUGAACAACAACAAUAUCCACAUAAUCAAUAUUAUCCACAUCAGCACUAUGCGGCAACGACAGCCUUCCAUGUCAGCAAGCCCUUUCAUGCCUUGUCAGCAAUCAUCACCCCUCCUGCCCUAAAUAACACAUCCAUUAUUCUUGGCGAUGACUACUUUCAUGUCUCUAGGAUCGUGGAAAAUAUUCAGCAACAACAACAUCAUAAGAUAGGAGGACGAUCAGCAUCAGGAUUGGAGGAAAUGGUAAUGGGGUGCACUCCAUCAUCAUCAACUGAUAUCAAAGAACAGGAGUGUUCCAAUACAAACACACAAGAAGCAGACUGGUUGAAGUACAACUCCACCUUCUGGCCUGAUCCCGAUCACCAUGUCUAGAACCCAUCAGAUAAUCAGGAGAUUGUUAUACAAAGGAUUAAAAUCCUAAGAAGAGUGUGAUGCCCAUAAGGUUGUGACACGUGUAUCAUGAAGGUAAGAUCAUUGGACAGGCUCUGUGUACCUGGUGGGCGCUUGAGGAGCAAGACUACUUGGAGGACAUAUGUUAAGAAAUGUUUCGAAAACAGGCAAAACAGGCGAAAAGAAACACAUGCGGUACGUUUGAAAAUAUAAUAAAUCGUUCAAGAAUGACGGAAAGUCAUGCACGUUGAAACAAAUAGAUUUUUUUGGUUUCUAUAAAAGUUGAUUAUUGUAAGAAAAGGAUUAAUAUAUAUGAUAAUUUAAACGUUCAAAUUUA